AUGGCACGAGGUCGUCUUCGUGUCUGUCUCAUCGUGAUCAGUCUCUUCGUCCUCGCCUUUCUGGGCGCGUCGUCCAUCCAGAGACUGUACCAACUCUUACGACUGCCGUUUGUCUGGUAUGGGUCCGCGGUCUAUGCCACCAUCUCCCAGCAGCACGACCACUUCGACCUCACCUUUGAAUCCUAUGGGGCGAACUAUUCCGUGCAGGAUGAUGGCUUCCGUCCUCUGAUCCCCGCGCGCAUGCAUCACAUUCACCUGGGGCCGAAUCCGCCCAAGCCAGAAUGGAUCGCUGCGCGAUCAGACUGCCUCCGACAACACGAGUCGUGGGAGUUUUUCUUGUGGAACGACAACAAUGCACCACAAUUUGUCGAGGCGAAUUACCCACACCUCUACGAGAUGUGGAAAAAUUACCCUUUUGUGGUACAACGAGUCGAUGCCCUUCGGUACAUGACUCUCAAGACGUACGGAGGUGCCGUGUUGGACUUUGAUCUGGCCUGCAAACGCUCCAUGGAGCCGCUCCGGCGCUUUGAAUUUGUGGCUCCUGCGGCGCAUCCUGCAGGCUUUUCGAUCGGGAUGAUGUUGGCUUCGCAAAAUAACACCUUUGUCAACUCCCUGGUCGAAAGUUUGCCCCGGUUCAACCACGUCUUUCCACUCCUGCCCUAUGUGACGGUGAUGUUCAGCACCGGCUGUCACUAUGCGUCAACGGUCUUUACAUUACAAAAGGAGCGAGCCAAGUACCGCAUUCUCUCCGGAACCCUGAACCAGCCAAACCUACACAUGCUCAACGGCUACGUCAACACGCCGCUUUUCCGCCACUUGGGAUCUUCCUCGUGGCACGCCGGUGACGCCCGCCUUAUCCUCAAGCUCAAGAACACCCCACCCAAAUACAUCGCGCUUGCUGCUGUCAUUGCGAUUACGGUACUUGCGACAUUAAUAUGUUGCAUGUGCUCACUCCGUCACCGGUUGCGAUCACGACGAGAUGUCGAAUCCCUCGCUCGGUCAUCACCAAGCAAGUCAUCUUGCAAGGAUACGUGA